AUGGCCUCGAUUGGAAUCCCGAUUUUCAAGUCCGCUCAUUCCGGUUCCGUUGUUGUGAGAGAGAGUUCAGAUCAGAGCGCCGAUCGCUUUUCCCCAAUCCGGCCGCCUUGGAUGGGCCAAUCCACCUCCACCCCAUCCGCCAUACCCCUCUUCUCCUCCUCCUCCUGUCGCCGCGCUAAGCCACCUCACUCCUUUGCCUCCUCCUCCGGCGCCUCGGCAAAUAGGCAGCCGGUGGCGAUGACUGAGGGAGACGCCACUUCGCCGAUCGGCGGGGCCUCUCCGGCUAGGGACCACACUUCGGACCUCCCAGACGAGUGCCUCGCCCUCGUCUUCCAGUUCCUAGGAGCCGGCGACCGGAAGCGGUGCUCUCUGGUGUGCCGGAGGUGGGUCGCAGUCGAGGGGCAGAGCCGCCACCGCCUUGCACUCGACGCCCGGGCCGCCCUCCUGGAGGCUGCGCCGGCCAUCUUCGUUCGCUUCGACGCCGUUUCCAAGCUGGCGCUCAAGUGCGACCGCCGAGCCGACAGCAUCGGCGACGAGGCGAUCGCGCUUAUAGCUGUCCGGUGCCCCAACCUCACCCGCCUGAAGCUUCGGGCAUGCCGUGCCGUCACCGAUGCCGGCAUGGCUUCCGUCGCCAAACAUUGCCCUGGCCUCCGCAAGCUCUCCGUUGGCUCGUGUACGUUUGGCUCCAGUGGCAUUGAGACUAUCGUACGGGGCUGCGCUCUGUUGGAGGAGCUAUCCAUCAAGCGGCUCCGUGGCCUCCCCGACACCUUCGCCACAGAAGGCGCUGUUGUCGGCGCCGCCUCCCUCCGAUCUAUGUGUCUGAAAGAGCUCUAUAAUGGUCAGUGCUUGGCGCCACUCAUCGCCGGAUCCCCGAACAUCAAAACCCUAAGGCUCAUCCGAUGUACCGGAGACUGGGACAGGCUACUCAAGGAUAUUGCUGAUAAGGUCACUGGAAUAAUCGAGGUCCACCUUGAGAAGCUCCAGGUUAGUGAUCGUGGCCUUGCCGUCCUCUCCUCCUGUAACAAUCUCGAGAUCCUUCACCUCGUAAAGACCCCGGAAUGCACAGAUGCUGGGCUUGCCACCGUUGCUGAACGUUGUCACCGCCUACGCAAGGUUCACAUUGACGGGUGGAAGACCAAUCGGAUUGGUGAUGAGGGCCUCAUAGUUGUCGGAAGGCAGUGCUCGAACCUUCAGGAGUUGGUGCUUAUUGGGGUAAAUCCAACAGCCCGAAGCUUAGGGCUUAUAGCAAGUAAUUGCCGCAACUUGGAGCGCCUUGCCCUUUGUAGCAGUGAUACAUUUGGUGAUGCUGAGAUCACUUGUAUUGCUUCCAAAUGUAUGUCCCUGAAGAAGCUCUGUAUCAAAGGAUGCCCAGUAUCUGACCAGGGAAUGGAAGCCCUUGCAGAGGGUUGCCCCAAGUUGGUGAAGGUGAAGGUGAAAAAGUGCCGUGGAGUGACGCCAGGAUGUGCAGACUGGUUGAUGGCACGCAGGGUAGGGAUGCUGGCAGUCAACUUGGAUGUCAUUGGACCAACUGAGCAGCAAGAGGCAAGUCUGAGUGAGAGUAGAAUUCUUGAGAAUAAUGAGCAGUUGAUUGAUCAAAUUGGUGCUGUUGAUCUUCUUCCAUCCAGCAGUAAUUCUAGAUUGCCGCCAUGGAAGACCCGGAUAGGUUUCUCCACUGGUGGGAACUUGGUCGUAUCUGCUCUCCGAAGAUGGUCACGUGGAAGCAGCAACUCUAAUAGCACAUGAAAUUGAAAGGAUUUCUUUUUUUUUUUUUUUGUUGCUUGCAUCAUCCAUCUUUGAAUAUGUAUGUCAAUUAACUGUUCAUGACUAGUGUUGUUGUUUGCAACUAUUGCUUCUCAUAAGCUGUUUAUCCUGACUUCUGAAAGUAAAUAGUUGUUAAUGUUUCUGUC